AUGCUCGCUUCUUCGAUGAUGUCUCCUGCCUUGGUGCAGAUUCAAGCCGAGUUCAAAGAUUCUUCCCCAACUCUAAUCACCUUUACCGUCUCGAUCUAUAUAAUCGGUACUGCAGUCGGUCCUUUGGUUCUUGCCCCGUUGUCCGAGACGUAUGGACGCUCUUGGAUCUAUCAUGCUGGCAAUGUCUCGUACACCGUCUUCGCGGUGGCAUGUGCGCUCUCGCCCAGCGCUUCGACACUGCUGGCCUUUCGAUUUCUGGGUGGAUUGGCCGGGAGCAUUCCAAUCAGCAAUGCCGGAGGUACGAUUGCCGACAUGAUCACCCCGGAACGACGCGGCUUAAUCAACAGCGUAUUUGGGGCAGCCUUGAUUCUUUCUCCAGCACUGGCCCCGAUAGCAGGCGGUUUUUUAGCCGCAGAUAUGGGCUGGCGGUGGAUUUUCUGGUUGAUAACGAUCUUGAGCGGCGUGACCACCAUUAUUAGCUUCGGUCUCUUGCGAGAGACGUUCAGCCCCAUUCUGCUACAGCGCAAAGCAGCAAGAUUGCGCCGAGAAACCGGCAACAGUGAGCUCCAGGCACGAGGCAAGACACACCAGCUCCCCCUCGUCCAGAAGCUGAGACGCGCUCUCCGACGCCCAAUGGUUCUACUAGCCACCAGCCCUAUCCUGAUCAUCGCAUCUUUUUACCUCGCGUUCGUGUACGGCACCUGCUAUCUCCUUCUCACGUCCAUGCCCCUCGUAUUUCGAGAUGUAUACGAUUGGAGUGAAGGUGCACUGGGACUAUGCUCGCUCAGCCUUGGAAUAGGUUGCUUGAUCGGUGUCUUCAUAACGGGCAGGUAUAGCGAUCGUAUCUAUCAGCGGAAGAAAGAAAAGUCAGGUGAUUCUGACCAGCCGGAAUCCCGACUCUUCUUCCUCCUCCCAGCAGCAGUAGCCCUCCCCGCUGGCCUCCUCAUCUACGGCUGGACAGUACACUUCAAAUCCCACUGGAUCGCCCCCCUAAUCGGCACCGGGAUCUUUGGCGUGGGCCUAGUGCUCUCAUAUAGCGCCAUAAACAACUACCUUAUCGACGCAUUCUCCAUCUACGCCGCCAGCGCUCUAGCAGCAAGCGGCCUCUUCCGAGGCCUAGCCGGCGGACUGCUCCCUCUCAGCGGACCCAAAAUGUACGAGCAUCUCGGCUACGGAUGGGGGAACACGCUCCUUGGACUUUUGUCAGUUGGAUUUGGGGGCGUCUCGUUGAUCAUUUGGGCGUUUGGGAAGGAUUUGAGGAUGAGGUAUCCUGUGGACUUGGAAUAG